CUACGGCGCAAACGCGGUUCGGGCGGGCAGGGAGGGGCGCGCAGGCGCUGCGGGGGGAGCAAGCCGCGCAGGCGCCGAAUGCGUUGGUUUGAAGAAGACCUUCAGCGUUUCUCUGGCCGAGUGGGGUCAGGCCCUCUGGUCGGAGAAGAUAUGUGUAACGCACCAACUUACUGUGACCUAGGAAAGGCUGCCAAGGAUGUCUUCAACAAAGGAUAUGGGUUUGGCAUGGUUAAAAUAGACCUGAAAACCAAGUCUUGUAGUGGAGUGAUGGUAAGAAAAAUAGCAUAUUUGUGUGCCUGUUUUUGUGGCUGCUUUUGGUCUCUGGAAUUUUCUACUUCCGGUCAUGCCUACACUGAUACAGGGAAAGCAUCAGGCAACCUAGAGACCAAAUAUAAGGUCUGUAACUAUGGACUUACCUUCACCCAAAAAUGGAACACAGACAAUACUCUUGGAACAGAAAUCUCUUGGGAGAAUAAGUUGGCUGAAGGGUUGAAACUGACUCUUGAUACCAUAUUUGUACCGAACACAGGAAAGAAGAGUGGGAAAUUAAAGGCUUCCUAUAAGCGAGAGUGUUUCAGUCUUGGCAGUAAUGUUGAUAUAGAUUUUUCUGGACCAACCAUCUAUGGUUGGGCUGUGUUAGCUUUUGAAGGCUGGCUUGCUGGCUAUCAGAUGAGUUUUGACACAGCCAAAUCCAGACUGUCUCAGAAUAAUUUCGCCCUGGGUUACAAGGCUGCAGACUUCCAGCUGCACACUCACGUGAAUGACGGCACUGAAUUUGGAGGGUCUAUCUACCAGAAGGUUAAUGAGAAGAUAGAAACGUCAAUAAACCUUGCUUGGACGGCUGGCAGUAACAACACCCGUUUUGGCAUCGCUGCUAAAUACAAGCUGGAUUGUAGAACUUCUCUGUCUGCUAAAGUAAAUAAUGCCAGCCUGAUCGGACUGGGUUACACUCAGACCCUUCGACCAGGCGUCAAACUGACCCUGUCGGCUUUAAUCGAUGGAAAGAACUUCAAUGCAGGAGGUCACAAGGUUGGCUUGGGCUUUGAAUUAGAAGCUUAAUGUGGUUCUGAGUAAAGCAGAUUUGUCCCUGGAGGUGAAGAGAAAUGAACCCACUAUGUUUUGGCCUUAAAAUUCUGUGAAAUUUCAAAAGUGUGAACUUUUUAUUCUUCCAAAGAAUUGUAAUCCUCCUCACACUGAAGUCUAGAGAUCACAGGUCCAUCCUAAGGGAGGUGCUUGAAGGCAUGCCUGGAAGUUGUCACGUUUGUGCCACAUUUCAGUUGAAUUCCGCAGUGUUAUUUUAAUGUGUUCCUCAGUGACAACGUAGUGUCACGUUACAAAGGAAACCACCGAUCCUCCUGUUUGUACAUCACACCCUGCAUGUCCCACACCACUUUUUCCUGACCUUUUAAUAUAUUGGUCUCUGUGCUGUAGUGGAAUCUUUGGUUUUCAUCAGCAUAAAAUCAAAUAAACAUGUCACAUUUAGAACAUAA